CGGAGCACUAUCUCCACUGGCUGAAAAACUGGGUCUCUCAAUAACUUUUUGGCCUUAUAGCUUAUUACAAGGAACUUGUAAUACUUUGAGGUAGCUUUGCAGCUCUUCUGGGGGCUCUCAGGGGAGGGCAGGAAAAGCUGGGGAACGGGGAAGGAAGGUCCUCUUUUGCACACUGGAUAUAAGGCGAAAGUAAGAGUAAUAAGAAAGGUUUGGCUGCUGCUGUGGAAAGAAUAAUAUUUCUGCUGAUGAAACUACGGGAGGAGAAAGGGGUCCAGGUUGUGGGCCCAAACCUUCUCAGCAGAACUGAAUGAAAAGCAUAUGAGAUAUGAUUAAGGUAAGGCCAAAAACAAAAAAUACAUCUGGGAUCUGGAUAGCGGGAGUUUCAGCGAAAAAGGCAGUAGGUAGGGAAAGAUUAAGACAACCCUCCACAAAUCACAGUUACUGCUUCUCUACUGCAAAUCACUGCCCCCCACUGCAGCUGCUCUUCAUAGGCAAAACAGAAGCUGAGAUAUUAUAACAAGAUUUCUGUAUUACACGUAAUUUUUGAACUGGGCAGAAGUUGCCACUUAGCUUCCUUGUUUUCCCAUUGAGCGUUCUUGCCUGCACUGCUUUUCUUACCUGAAGAAUUAGUUACGCAGACAAGGGAUUCGGAUAAUUCCCAUCAAAAUUAAGGACCAGUUCCCUCCAGCAUGGCCGAUGGUCAGAGAUGAUGUGAGCAUUACUGGCAUGCAUGAAGUACUGCCCUUCCGACGCUGCUCUUUGCUGCUGUUUUACCUGGAUGGAGCAACAGCAAGGUCAGGGCCACAUGUUGCACCAAUGGGAGCAAGGCAGGGUAGGCAAACUAAGGCCCGGGGGCCGGAUCCGGCCCAAUCGCCUUCUAAAUCCAGCCCGCGGAUGGUCUGGGAAUCAGCGUGUUUUUACAUGAGUACAAUGCAUCCUUUUAUUUAAAAUGCAUCUCUGGGUUAUUUGUGGGGCAUAGGAAUUCGUUCUUUCUUUUUUCCAAAAUAUAGUCCGGCCCCCCACAAGGUCUGAGGGACAGUGGACUGGCCCCCUGCUGAAAAAGUUUGCUGACCCCUGGAGCAAGGGGUUGGCAGUGAUGCAGUCAUACUGACUAUGAGCUUGCCCAAAACCUGCUCUAGCCCCAUCUAGGCAUCAUCAAAACUUGUGUCAGGAGUGUGGUUCCAUGGCACCAAAGAGAGUGCGUCAUGUCCUAUGCACAUGGCUGCUCCGCCAUAUUUGGUCUGGCCACCAUUCUCCUUUAAAUGGUGUGCUACUAAGCCUCUCUCAAAAUCUGACACCCGCAAGUUAGGAAUUGGUUGGUUUCUGUUUACCAAAUACAGCCCAAAAUAUAUGUGGGUGGCAGAUAGAAAACAAAGCUUAUUACAGCCUAUUGCUCGGUCAGUAAAACAUGAGUCUCUUAAGAGUCGUAGGUUCAAGCCCCAUGUUGGGCAAAAAGAUUCCUGCAUUGCAGGGGGUUGGACUAGAUAACCCUUGUGGUCCCUUCCAACUCUGCGAUUCUACAGAAAACCCAAUAACACAUGCAGAGCGAGAGUAAAUUUUUCAUCAGGACCAGUUUAGGAUAGUAUGCUGCUAUGCCUAUCUAAAAAUCUGGCACCCCACAGUUAGGAACUGGUUGGUUACCGUUUACCAAACGUAGCAGAAUGGGACUCAAAACAGAAGCUUAUUACAGAAAACCCAAUGCAUGUAGAGCCAGAUUAAUCUCUUCACCAGGACCAGUUUAGGUUGCUGCUACACAAAACCCCUUUAACUCUGCUAAGGUGUGGCUUUUCUUUAACUAGCUGAAAGUGGAAUCAAACCGAAGAUUUCAAACAGCACUUAAUAUAGUGUUAUAUCAAUAUCCUUGCCAGGGUUCUUCUAUAAUCUUUGCACUCAUAAAUACAUCCCACUAAGCAAAUAUGCAGGGACGCGGGUGGCGCUGUGGGUAAAACCUCAGUGCCUAGGACUUGCCGAUCGCAUGGUCGGCGGUUUGAAUCCCCGCGGCGGGGUGAGCUCCCGUCGUUCGGUCCCAGCUCCUGCCCACCUAGCAGUUCAAAAGCACCCUUAAGUGCAAGUAGAUAAAUAGGUACCGCUUUAUAGCGGGAAGGUAAACGGCGUUUCCGUGUGCUGCGCUGGUGCCGGCUCGCCAGAGCAGCUUCGUCACGCUGGCCACAUGACCCGGAAGUGUCUGCGGACAGCGCUGGCUCCCGGCCUCUAGAGUGAGAUGAGCACACAACCCUAGAGUCUGUCAAGACUGGCCCGUACGGGCAGGGGUACCUUUACCUUUACCUAAGCAAAUAUGCAUUAAAAGUUUCCUGUUUGCAGGUCCUACUGGCCAUUUUAUUUUUUUCUAACCGAUUGAACCUGGAAGGUUGUUUAUGAAUAACCCCUACAUUGCCCUUAUGUCAGUUCCUAUGAAGCAGGGAGAGCUUUAAUUGCUGUGGUAUCCUUGUAUCCUUCCCAUCUGCCUUAUAUCAUUAUAAAAAUGAUUUUAAAAAGAAGACUAGUGAUUAAAGCCAUGCCUCCCCCAUGGGAAGAGAAACUGACACUGAGACAAUGAAGAGGGUUUGAAUAUGUGUAUAAUUACUAGCUUUAUUAGAUACAGGUAUCUUUUGUUUAAAUGUCUGUCAGUGUUUGACAGGCAAAGCACUUAAUUCAAACGCAAUGUUGUAUAGCCAUAUUGUGCACCCUGAGAAUCCCAACAUGGAAGUUGUUUCUAUGAACAUUUGACUAUGUCUAAAGUUUAUAUGUCAGGGAAUAAGAGGGAGAUUGUGACAUAGGGAUGGGGAAGUAAUUUGGUUCAGUUAACAAUUUAAUGGAAACCCUUCUCAUUCAUACAUCCCACACACACACACACACACACACACACACACCAAAACACAGAGAGACUUCGAAAUUCAUACUUCUCCAAAUUUUGUGAUGGGAUCCCCCAACCCAAAAAUGUGUACAAAAAUCCAUAUAUUGAGGGAGGUUAGUGAAAAUAACAUAUAAGAACAUGUCAGUACAAAAAUAGGCACAUACCAAAACUUUAAUAUGUUUAUAUUAGGAUAAAUGCACGCUAAAAUGCUGACAAUUUUUUGUGAGAAGUUUUUCUUUAAUGGCAACCUGAUGUGGAUAAGAGGUAAACCAAAUUUAAGAUUAAAAAAAUAGAACCUAAGAGGAAUCAAAAUUGGCAGAUUCAUCCAUCUCUACAUGGGGAUGUUGUGAUGUUGAAGGCUGCGGGGCUGGUUUCCUGUGUUACUAAGAAGAGAUUUGUUAGAACAUCAUUCUAUAUAUUAUACACACACACACACACACACACACACACUUAAACUGCUUGAGAAUGUCAGUCCAUAGGUUAAUUUAAAAAAAUAUAUAAUUAACCUAUGAUCCUUUUCUUUUACUUCUUUAUUUUUUCUUUGUUCUUUUCCCCCCUGAUAUCUUAUCUUUCAUUUCGCUCCUUUAUUGUGAAUAGCAUUUUAUAGAGGUAUAAAUAACUGUAAAUAUGAAAAGAGACAAAGUAUUUUCUAAUUUUUUUCCUUGGUUAUAUAUAUUUUCUUUUUCUUUUGUAUUUUCUUUUGUUGUAAAUGUGUAUGUUUUCUAAUUUGUACUUAAUAAAAAUUAAUAAAUAAUAAUAAUAAACAAAGAAAAUGUCAGUCCUUUUCUAGAGAAUAUUCUGUGAAAUCCCCUUCACCAUUUCAACACCCAUAUGUUGUGUGGAUAAUUUGGGAGGGGGCAAUUUUUGUUUAGUUAGUUCUGCUUUCUUUUUAGAAAGUGAAACUCUGCUGUUUUUAAUCCUUUUAAAUUUUGGGUUCAAUGAAUACAGUAAUACCUUACCUGUGUUAUUGUUAUGGUUUUCCUGUGCAAUAUUUUUGAGUAUGUUCCCAUUCACUGUCCUUGUACUGUUAGUAUUACUGUAAUUGUUGUUGUUACUACAGUACGUUGUUGUUGUUGUUUUCCACUUCACAGGUAAAUUUAAUAUGCUACGUGCGACCUCUAGACCAGGGAUUUUAUUUUAUUUUAUUUUUAAUGAUAUUUAUUAAAGUUUCAAAAAAUACAAGAAAUACAGAAUACAGAAAGAAAAAAGAAUAAAGUUUUUAAAAUAUAACAAAAAAAGUAAAAAAUAAAAAGAAACAUACCAAAUAAGACAGUUAAAAAGACAUUAAUUUUCCAUAACCUAUCUUCCCUACACUUGUUUCCCCGGACCUCCUCAUACCUCCCUUUUUUGUAUUCCAGUUCAAUUUGUUAGUUCAGCAAAUCCUUACCAUUAAGCUUUUACCCAAUUGCAAACCUUUUUUCAUAUCUCUUAAAGCAUUACAGCUAAAAACCUCUUAGUUUCUAUCCAAAGCUAGAAACAAGAUCAAAGCAUAUGUGCUUUGAUGGUAUGAUUUCAUCAAUUGACAGGAGGCUGAGGAACAAAUGUGCUUCUAAAAACUCUGAAAAACAACGAUUCAGCCAACAUUCUUGAAAUCUACCCAGGAAUUAAUGGGGAAAUGUUUUCAUGCAAUUAUCUCCUCCCACAUUGUCCCCAGUGUUGUUUUGCUGAAUAAUUCCACUGAUUCAUCAGCAUAUUUAAUUGGGAGUUAAGUCUCACCACUGAACUCAAAGGCUUAUGAGUAGAUAGGCAUUAAGACUGCAGUUUUGGGGAGUUUUACCCUAUUUUAUGUGUAGAUUGAACUGCUGUCCAAUAUAAUAAAGGUAAAGGUAAAGGGACCCCUGACCAUUAGGUCCAGUUGUGGCCGACUCUGGGGUUGCGGCACUCAUCUCGCUUUAUUGGCCGAGGGAGCCGGUGUACAGCUUCCAGGUCAUGUGGCCAGCAUGACUAAGCUGCUUCUGGUGAACCAGAGCAGCGAACAGAAACGCCGUUUACCUUCCCACCAGAGCGGUACCUAUUUAUCUACUUGCACUUUGACGUGCUUUCGAACUGCUAGGUUGGCAGGAGCAGGGACCGAGCAACGGGAGCUCACCCCAUCGCGGGGAUUCGAACCGCCGACCUUCUGAUCGGCAAGUCCUAGGCUCUGUGGUUUAACCCACAGCGCCACCCGGGUCCCUUGUCCAGUAUAAUAGUGUACCUCAAUAAUAGGGCUUGUCCAUGCUUCCACUCGCCCUGCCACUUUCACCUGGAAAAACCUGCUGUUUACCACUCAGUCGAAGCAAAUGUCCGUUGGGUUUUCCAUGGACUGACAUUUGCUCCAAUUCAGCAGUAAAGAGCAGGUUUUCUUGGGGAAAGCAAUGGGAGAAACAGAAAACCACUCAGACCCAUGCCUAGAAAGCAUGGGAUUAGCAGAACACCUCUCAGACCCAUGAUUUCUAGGCAGGAGACAAGUGUAGAUGAGUGACAGACAUUUUUUAUUUCCCCGAUGCUCAAAAAACACCUCAGAACAGGACUUUCUUGGAAGAACACAGUGGCAGCCAUUCAGAGUCUCCUCCUGCAAAAUAAUUUAGCCUCGCCCCACAUAUAAUAUAUGAAUAUAAUGAAGGCAAAACAGCCAAUCUAUGAAUUGGCAUUUUUUAAUUUGAGACAGUCCUGGUCUUCCUGAAAGACCUUCUGAAAAGGCCCCAUGGCCGUGGCCUGUUGCCUUUCUGUAAUACCUGUGAGGUAAUAACAACAAAACGUUUCUUCAAAAUAGUAUGGGUUCUCAUUACUGUACUUCCUUUCCUUACAAAGGGAAGUGGGCAAAAUCUUUUCCUAUAUGAAAAUUAACAGUUGGUAGGAACAUGUUUGGUUGUUUCAGGGGCUAGAUGCUGCCAUUGGUUGCCAAUAGUGUCAGUUUGCAUUUCUUAGUGCAGAAAGUAUUGAUCUGAUAUGUAGAGAUCUUUCCUAUUCUACUUAAUUCAAGAGGGUUCUGGAAGCUUCUCCGUGUGAAAGAAGGUUACAUGGUGUUUGGGUUAUUCCUUCAGAGAAGCUGAGCACAGCUGGUUUAAACUGGUUCUGUUAUCUCUUUGUGUCAAGGUCAUACUGACUAGAAUAGUGAGGCCAGAAGGAGCCUGGGUUUCCAUCUCUCUCUUUCUCUCUCUUUUCUUUCUGGUGUAGUGUUCCGUAUAUAGUGUUAAAGUUUAGACUUAUUAUAAGUUACUGUGAGUUUGUUAAGUCUGCUGCAACUGGAUUUCUUAUGGACAUUGCCAUUCCUGAAUGCAUUGGAUUUGUGACCAUUAUGCCCAUUUGCCUUCAGUAGCAGUAAAGCUCUGCUGGAUGAAAUGCCUCUGGUCUAUUUUUUGGGAAUCCUGCAACGUGUUUAAGUUUUUACUCUGCUUACUAUACAUUGGGAUAUGCUCUGGAUAAACAUUGAGUAGAAUUUCAAUGCCCAUCUCUUCUCUAGAGUCAAAAGCAUUGCCCAGUUUAAAGAAAUUUAGACUGUCCUUGAAUGUCAUGUGACAUUUACCUGGGAAUCAUGGCAACUGCUCUCACUGAGGACACAACUGAGCCGACGCAAAAGGGGGUUUCAUGGACGGGGGGCUGCUUCCUACAACUGUUGGCAACAGAAAGGGUCCAUUGGCUGCAAACAGGACAACAUCAGCAAUGUCUAGGCAACACGAUGACCAUGUACAUACGCAAUAGACAAUCUUUAUAGAAUUCCUUCAAACCAUAACAAGUACAAAAUGAAAUCUUUAGUCUCAAAGUCUCUGAAAAUCUUUAAAUGAAGCGAGGUACCAGACUUUGUACGAUGAAAGACAAGCUGUGAAGCUUUGUGUAUUCAGCAAAUACAAUGUCCAACACUGAACAGUGAUUCCGGAUAUUGACUACUGAUUUGUAGAAUUCUUCGUCAGCCUGGUAGGAGGAUAUAGAAUUGCUUCGUAAACCCAUCUUACAGUGGUACCCUGGGUUAAGUACUUAAUUCGUUCCGGAGGUCCGUACUUAACCUGAAACUGUUCUUAACCUGAAGCACCACUUUAGCUAAUGGGGCCUCCCGCUACCGCCGGAGCACGAUUUCUGUUCUCAUCCUGGAGGGAGGAGGAGGAGGAGGAGAUUGGAUUUGAUAUCCCGCCUUUCACUCCCUUUAAGGAGUCUCAAAGCGGGUUAACAUUCUCCUUUCCCUUACUCCCCCACAACAAACACUCUGUGAGGUGAGUGGGGCUGAGAGACAUCAGAGAAGUAUGACCGGCCCAAGGUCACCCAGCAGCUGCAUGUGGAGGAGCGGAGACGCAAACCCGGUUCCCCAGAUUACGAGACUACCGCUCUUAACCACUACACCACACUGGCUCUGAAGCAAAGUUCUUAACCUGAAGCACUAUUUCUGGGUAAGCGGAGUCUGUACCCUGAAGUGCAUGUAACCUGAAGCGUAUGUAACCCGAGGUACCACUGUAUUUCAAAUGAAUGUAUGUAAAUGAAAAUUUCAAAUGCUGUGGAACAGUGCUCAUGUAAUAAUGUAGUCACUGCUCAUUUUGUACUUGUUAUGGGUUGAAGGAAUUCUAUAAAGAUUGUCUAUUCCGUAUGUACAUUGUCAUCAUGUUGCCUAGACAUUGCUGAUGUUCUCUUUGCAACACAGGGUUUUGUUUACUACAAACAGGACAAGGCAGUAGCUGUUGGCUUCUCUCGUCUUACAUUUUGUGCUCCGGCUUCCCAUUCCUUUUGCUGCAGGUAUAAUGUGGAAACUGCAUGGAGAAGAGUAACCAUACUUCAUCUGGUGGAACUAUGGAAUUCCUGCUCCUCGGAUUCUCUGACUUGCUCCUGCUGAGGACCUUCCUCUUUUACGUCUUCCUCAUGGUGCAUGUGGUCACCCUUGCAGGAAAUCUCCUCAUCCUCCUGGCAGUGGCUGCUGAGCCCUCCCGCCCUCCUAUGCUCUUUUUCCUUUGCCAGCUCUCUGCCAUCGAGCUCUGUUACACCCUUGUCAUUGUUCCCAAGACGUUGGCUGACCUGCCCAGCCCAGGGGCGAGCACCAUUUCCUUUGUGGGGUGCGCGACCCAAAUGCAUUUCUUUGUGGCCCUGGGCGGCGCUGAAUGCUUCCUCCUUGCAGCCAUGUCGUACGAUCGCUACGUGGCCAUCUGCCGGCCCCUGCACUACAUGACAGUGAUGAGCCAGGGAGUCUGCCUUCAGCUUGCUAUCGUCUGCUGCCUCGGGGGCUUUGUGGUCUCACUGGGCCUCACCGUGGCUGUCUUCCGCCUGCCUUUCUGCAACUCCCGCCGCAUUGACCAUUUCUUUUGCGAUGUCCCUGCCAUGCUCCACCUGGCCUGCACAAAGAGCUACGUCAGUGAGCUACCCCUCCUUGCAGCCUGCGUGAUCCUCCUCCUGUUCCCCUUCCUUCUUAUCCUCACGUCCUACAUGUGCAUCUCAAUGGCUGUGUUGCGCAUCCGGGACUCAGCUGGCCGGGGCAAAGCCUUCUCCACUUGCGCCUCGCACCUGGCCGUCACAGUCUUACACUAUGGCUGCGCCACCUUCAUGUACGUCCGGCCCAAGUCCAGCUACAUGCCAGACCGGGACAAGAUGGUGUCUCUUGUCUACACCAACAUCACCCCCUUGCUUUACCCUCUGAUUUACAGUCUCAGGAACAAAGAAAUUAAAGGAGCUGUGAGGAAGCUGCUGCAGAAAAUGUUAGCUCAGCCACACUGCAACACCUUCAAGGGCAGGCUUGCGUAAUUUGUAGGCCAUGCAGCUGUAUUGUCAGGAGCUGGAGUCAGGCACAGGUCAGCAAUGAAGCAGCCAGUGUCAGUGAAGUUAACUCUUUAUUCAAGGAAACCAAAACAGCUCAAGCCUAGCGAUUGCUGCAACUCUUCCCAGUAGGUCUUGCUCGGAUGAGGCAGUUGCAAGGACAGAAGAUCCUCACCUUCCCACCACUUCUACAACUCCACCCCUGGUUCCUUUCCCAGCAACCUGAGGCUCCUUUGUCUUGUCUCUCUUUGCUCCACUCUCUUCAUUCCUCUUCAGGUUCUGGGAGACCAGAGGGGAGGGCAGCUGGUCACAGCAGGAGAGAGGGGGGACUCCCUGGCUUCUUCAGCAGCCUGCCUCAUCUCUGCCCCUUGGUCCCCCUUCUCACCAGUCUUUGCUUCUGCCUCUCAUUCUGGACUGCUCUCUGCCACAGACUCUUCCUGCUCACUAAACCCUGUUCCUUCUUCAACUUCUGACACCUCAUCCUCCCAGUCCGCUCCCUCUUCUUCCUCUAAUGACUCAUUGUCAUCCCACCACCAAUCCCCUGGAAGCUUCAUUGGGGGUUCCCCAGCAGGUGCCUCCCACUACUCUGCAUCCAGUGAGUCCAGGAUAUAUAUAUGCAGCUCAGAAGCCAUUAACAGUGAUGCUUUCUAUAUGGUAUAAAUUGUAAGGAAGGAAGGAAAGUAGACAUAAAUGGUGCCACUGUCCCUCGUCCCUCCCCCCCUCCAGCCAAUACUUGGUGAGCCUCCUGUCUUUGCUGCCUGCCUGGGACUGCAAAAACAAGGGCAGCAUCAAAUAUUUGGUCAGACAAUACAAGACUGGUGGAUUGAAUUCAUCUUAAGGUAAAGGUAAAGGGACCCCUGACCAUUAGGUCCAGUUGUGGCUGACUCUGGGGUUGCAGUGCUCAUCUCGCUUUAUUGGCCGAGGGAGCUGGUGUACAGCUUCCGGGUCAUGUGGCCAGCAUGACUAAGCUGCUUCUGGCGAACCAGAGCAGCGCACGGAAACGCCGUUUACCUUCCCACCGGAGCAGUACCUAUUUAUCUACUUGCACUGGCAUGCUUUUGAACUGCUAGGUUGGCAGGAGCAGGGACCGAGCAACGGGAGCUCACCCCGUCACAGGGAUUCGAACCGCUGACCUUCUGAUCGGCAAGUCCUAGGCUCUGUGGUUUAACCCACAGCACCACCCGUGUAGGUCACAAUAUAUGCAGGGCCCCUCAAGAGCGCAGUACGCAACAAAUGUUUCCUAUUAGAAUAACUGGAAUCCUACAGAUGCCUACUUGGAAGUAAGCCCCAUUAGGUUCAGUGGAAGUGACUCCCAGAUUUGUGGGUAUAGGACUGCAGCUUAAGUGGCUGGAGACGGAAGAUAGUUUUUUAAGAAAGUUGGAAGCGGCUUAAGAUGGGCACCACUUCUCACAGUGUGCAUGUUUAUUUCUUCUGUCCCAUUGUGCCAAAUAGGUUUGACAGGUUUGGGAAAGGAGAAACAAAAACCUGCAAGAACUGUUCACCAGAGGGAAAAGUUGGGUGAUAGAACACACGGCUAUUUGUUCAUUCAUUCCUUAGUUUAUAUACUACCCAUCAGUGGAGCUCCCAGAAUGGUUAACAAAAAUAAGAGAAACUAAAUAAAUAUAUGUUGGGAAAUAAAGAAAAAUAUCUAAAAAGCUGGGGGGGAGGGGGCGUUUCCCUGGUGCCAAAAAUAUAACAAUGUUGGUGCCAGGAGGGCUUUUCUGGGGAGAGAAUUCCACAAAUUGGGCACCACCACCGAGAAAGUACCGUCCCAGGUCACCAUUCCCCUUAUCUCAGCUGAUGGGGUUACUUGGAGAAAAGCAUCCGAAGAUGACCUCAUACAUAGAAAGAUUAAUAUGGAAACAGGCAUUCAUUCAGGUACCUGGGCCCCAAGCCAUAGAGGGCUUUAAAGGUAAACACAAACACUUUGAAUUGUGCCUGGAAAUGAGCUGGAGACCAGUGAAGGUCUUUCAAGUACUGGCAAGGCGUGUUCCCACUGACCGGUCACCACCUGGUAGCUGCAUUUUGAAUGAAUUAAACUUUACAAAAUACAGUGGUACCUCGGGUUAAGAACUUAAUUCGUUCCAGAGGUCCGUUCUUAACCUGAAACUGUUCUUAAUCUGAGGUACCACUUUAGCUAAUGGGGCCUCCUGCCGCCACUGCACAACAAUUUCUGUUCUCAUCCUGAAGCAAAGUGCUUAACCCGAGGUACUAUUUCUGGGUUAGCGGAGUCUGUAACCUGAAGCGUCUGUAACCCGAGCCCUACACAUAACGCAUUACAGUUGUCAAUUCUAGACAUUAUCACAGCAUGGGUAACUGUUGCUACUAGGAGCCUUCAGCUCUCUGGUAAAACUCUUGUCUUUCUUCAGCUGUUUAUUAUUAGUAGUAGUAGUAGUAGUAGUAGUGCUUUUUUCCUAAAAAAUAUGUUUAGGGGUACUCUCAUUUAGAGGGAACCUGGGUGGCACUGUGGGUUAAACCACAGAGCCUAGGACUUGCUGAUCAGAAGGUCGGUGGUUCAAAUCCCCACGAUGGGGUGAGCUCCCGUUGCUCGGUCCCUGCUCCUGCCAACCUAGCAGUUCGAAAGCAUGUCAAAGUGCAAGUAGAUAAAUACCGUAUUUUUUUGCACCAUAACACUCACUUUUUUCCUCCUAGAAAGUAAGGGGAAAUGUCUGGGCGUGUUAUGGAGCGAAUGUCUACCGGUGGCAGGGUGGGCGCCUACGGGUGGCGGGGGGGUGCCUACGGGGGGGGGAUCUGCUGCAGUCGUGAGCAGAGGAUCCAUGGAUCCCCUUCCUUCCCCCCUCCUCCGUGGCUCGCUUUAAAACAGCAAAGCAGUCUGGUUGGCUGCUUUAAAGCAACCGUGCUCUUUGUCCCUCCCUCCUCCCUACUCAGCUCACUAAAUAGCAGCAAAGCUUUUCAGCUCUCUAAGCCGGGGAGGAGGGAAAGAAGCAGAGCCUGCUUGUUUUAAAGGAGCAAAGCGGGAGAGAAGCGGAGCCUUCUCCCCUUAUACCCCUCUCCUGCAUUAUUAGCAGCAUCCUUCUCCACACACCCCACACAUUCUCCUUGUCCCUUGAGUGCUUUUCCUUCCCUCCCCACUUAAAACGUGGUUACAAAGCACGGAUCCACAUGGAUCCUCAGUAUUUUUGUACUGGGUCACCCCAAAUUCAUCAUCAGAUCACAUAGCAUGUCCAUGUCUACAGCCUGCACCAAAAAUAUCACGGAUCCACUGUUGCCUGGGGCUGCAGUGGUGCAAAAACGUGGUUACAAACCACGGAUCCACAUGGAUCCUCAGGAAUUUUGCAUUGGGCUCCCCAAACUCACCAUCAGAUCACAUGUCUGUGGCCACAGCAUGAACCACAAAAAUCAUAAUCCACUGUUUCGUUUAGAAUAUUUUUUUUCUUGUUUUCCUCCUCUAAAAACUACAUGCGUGUUAUGGUCAGGUGCGUGUUAUAGAGCGAAAAAUACGGUAGGUACCGCUCCGGCAGGAAGGUAAACGGUGUUUCCGUGCGCUGCUCUGGUUCGCCAGAAGCAGCUUAGUCAUGCUGGCCACAUGACCCGGAAGCUGUAUGCCGGCUCCCUCGGCCAAUAAAGCGAGAUGAGCGCCGCAACCCCAGAGUCAACCACGACUGGACCUAAUGGUCAGGGGUCCCUUUACCUUUACCUUUUUACUCUCAUUUUCCUACUCCUGUUGAAAUACCGCCCCUCAAUGAGGCCAAACAUAGAUUCACAAAAUGUUUAGGGGUAUGCCUACCCCUGUGUCCCCCCAGAAAAAAAGCACUGAUGAUUAUUAUUAAAAAAUAAAUUUAUUUCUCACCCACCCUCCCAAAGGAGCCCAUGGCAGCAGUAUUGCUGGACACAGAAACGCUUAGCUAAAUGAAGAAUGAUCCAGACUGCCUGGAAGCACAUUGUGGUCAAUCUGUACCAAUCACAUUCCAAGAUAAGAGUCUGAAGCUCUGUUUGAUGAGCCAGAACGGGAACCCCCUGAAUUUUCUUUUUAAAAAAACCAAAAACCAUUUGAAUUUCAGCAAAAAGAGAAAUUAUUUGGCAACUAGCCACCUAGGAGAGAUUUCAUAUGCCUGUGGGUGAACUAACUAGAAACCAGGGCUGGAUCUAGACGCAUCAAAAACUUGUUUCAGUUAAACGUGUUGCAAACUCUAUAUGAGAAAUUGGGUUAGCAAAAGUGGAACUCCACAGCGCCAUCUGGUGUCACAGUGUUAGAAUACAUAAACAAUGCAUAUAAAGUGCUUUUUCUUUGCUGAAUCCCAGUAACAGAAUUACGUGGAAGUCUAUAUAAAACCAGGCAUUGGGGUGGGGGAGUGGGGAGGAGUUCUCACUCAUUGAUGAUUUAGUUGUGGGCAGACCUCUCAAAAUAUGAUGCAGCUACUCGCCUAGGAAAAGUAAAAAAAGGAAAUGUACAUUAUCUGGGCUUAUUAGCCCAGUAACGUAGACCCCAAAAUUGACAUACAGAAACAGAAAGAAAACACCUUCAGAAAUAAACCCCUAAGGUAAUUAUCAUAUGACCUUCAAAUAUCAUAAUUUCACACAUAUAAUGCAGAAAAGGGAGUGUUGACUUGUUCUGCAUGUGACAAUGCUAGCAGAAGGUACAGAGUUUGAAUAACCCUCCCGGAAUUGCAACACAGCUGGCUAUUUUCAUGCACGAAGCCCAACCUAUUCUGUCCAUGCAGAUGUGGAAGUUAUAGAAUCUGCAGGAAUCCAUUGAAAACAGGAAAUGUCAGUAGAAGUCCACAAGGAGGCACACAAAAGCCACUUUUCUGAAUACAAAUUCUGUUCAUUUGCAUUUCAUUUACUAAAAGUGACAACAGUUUCAGUUUCAUUUCUCCAGAUUCUUUUCUUUAAGCUUUCCUCCCUUUAUCUGACCUGACCUGCCCUCCUUUCAGCUUUAGCUUCAUUCAACUUCGUUUUGCUGUUAAGGAGAACUGAUUAAGAUUGGUAAGUGACGUUGUUUUUAUGGGGUGCAGCUGUCAUAGUAACAGAUGGAGUAUGAUAGUUAAAAUAACACUGAAACAAUCAAAUGUGCUGUCUUAACUUCUCUAGAUAACUGCCUAAAAUUAAAUUAUCACUAUUUAAUUACAAAAGGCACACACCCUAAGAACUGCAGAAAACUUCAAUGAAGGGAUAAUUAUGUGAUGCUAAAUGGGCAAAUAUGUAAAUUAAAAAUGUUUUUAAAACUGCAUCAGUGGAACUGCCCUUAAUUAAAAUGAAACUAGCUCACAGCUUAUUAAAUCACACAAUACAGAAAAUCAUAAUGGAAAGGCGACAUGAAAAAAUUUGGCAGGCAGAAACCAGAAAGAACCAGACCUAAGAUGCCUCUUGUCUCAAACAUAGAGUGCUGGACAGGUGAUUGGUCUCAUUUUGGUUUACAGGACCCCUUUGACACUUCCUUAGAGGAGGGGAACAAACUACCAGUGCCAUGGCUGCUAAGACAGAGGCAAAAGAAAGAGGGAGCGUGGGAGAGAGAGGCAGAGAAAUGGAGGUGGCAGCAGCUGUGGGGAAGAGGAAAAAGUGGUUGGUUGAUGGAAGGGCACAAUCUCUGGCUGUGUACACUACCUUUAAAGCACAUUUGAAGCACAUAAUUCCUCUCAAAGACUUCUGGGCACUGUAGUUCGUUAUGGGUUGCUGGGAAUUGUCACUCUCUGAGGGAUAAACUACAGUGCCCAUAAUUCUUUGAGGAGAAAAAAGUGCCCUGAAUGUGCUUUAAAGGGAUGGACUGUUCACAGUCUGUGACGUUGUGUCCUCUGCCCAAAAGUGAUAUUCCUCAUAAAGAGUGUUAGCAGAGGAUACCUCUUGUAAUAAGUUUUAUUCCCACAAUGCCCUUUGCUUAUUUGCAAGCUCUGAGGGCUUUCAAAGCAUCUCUUUAUUCUCCCAGCUACACCAUUAGCUCUGGAAUGGUAUAAGGAAAUGGUUUUUGUGUCUGAUGCCAUUAGUGUGCUGGUAUUUCUGCAUUUCUGUAGAGAUAAGUUAUACUAUUCUACCCGCCCUGAGUAAUUACCAAUUACCUGCCCUGGGACCUGCUGGUGAAGGGAGGGUAAGAAACUUAGUAAUAAUAAUAGUAAUAGUAAUGAUAGUUGCUGUUUUGCCACACAUUCGCUCCAUUUGUUGGAAUCCUUUUGUAGCUCCUCACAAGUUUAAACUCGUUCCGACUCGAUCUGUGCAAACAUUAACAGUCAAGACAGAGAAAGGGGAAGAGGGCGGUGGUGGUGGGAAACUUGGAAAGCCCCAAAGUCUGCGGUUUGUAAACAUAUUAGGGCAAAACUAGGUGUAAUGCCAUUCACACAAUCGGCAACUCCGUGAAUUAUUUUUACAGAGAAUACCAGGCAUGGAGUGCAUUAUGGAUCAAUACCCUGGCAGGGGGCUUGGAGGUGCUUUAGUCCAUUACCCCCCCCACCCCCACCCCCCACACACUCAUUGCAUUCCACCAGAUUGGUGGCAAUGGAAGUUUUCCUUUCAAUCCAGAUGGGAACCAGGGUGGACAAACAAAGGCUAGCAUCUGCUUAGCCUUCCCCCAGGGUCCUGAUCCGGAUUGGGGGCCUCACGCAUGUUGUUUAGUCAAUAAUAAUUGCUGGUUGCAUGAAUGGUGGUGACACGUUUAAUUUGGCCCUGAACAGCGCAUGCUGGAGGCAUUAGGCAGACUUAAUUAAAUUAGACUCUACUAGGUGCAAAACAGAUUUCUUGUUGUGUCGAGCGCUGCCGAAACAAAGAAACAGUAAUGGAAAGUAUAAACAGAUUCUAGUGACUUGAAUCUGUAGCCAGCGUUAACAGGAACACACAAUUCCCUCAGAAUAAAAGCGAAACACAGUUUCUCCAGCAAGGCUGGAGACUAGUUUUAGCAAGAGAAAAUAUGUGGGGAAGACCCACCACUGGACGGAACGAAUCAUGAUGGUGGCAGCCAUCUUUGUUCAGGUGUUUGCUGCAUCCACACACAAAGCGGUGCGGGAACAUGUGGGGAAUAAUGUUUACUUGAAAAAGGUGCAAAGGGGAAGAGAGCUGAACUUUCCCCUUCUCCCCGCUACCACAUCUCCCCAUACUUCGCCAUCUUGAAGGAUUUUUAUAAUGGCCUUUUUUCACUAAUAAAUUGCUCUCCAUGACUUUUGUUCAGACGAAAAAACUGGAGGGAAACAAAGUACACAAAUACUUUGUACACCUUUGGAAUCCUUUCAUUGUGGCUGGUGGUAUUCAACACUGUAAGAUAGGACACACAGAGAGAGCAGUGCCAACACACGCUGAUAAAUGGUAAUCAUACCACAUUUAAGAAAACGUGCCCUUAUUCCUGACUUAGGUCCCAUCUUCACUAUACAGUGGUACCUCGGGUUAAGAACUUAAUUCGUUCUGGAGGUCUGUUCUUAACCUGAAACUGUUCUUAACCUGAAGCACCACUUUAGCUAAUGGGGCCUCCUGCUGCCACCGCGCCGCCACUGCACGAUUUCUGUUUUCAUCCUGAAGCAAAGUUCUUAACCCAAGGUAAUAUUUCUGGGUUAGCGGAGUCUGUAACCUGAAGCAUCUGUAACCUGAAGCAUAUGUAACCCGAGGUACCACUGUACAUUUGAAGCAGUAUCGCACCCCUUUAAACAGUUACGGCUUUCCCCAAGGAAUCCCAGGAACCACAGUUUAAGGAUGCUGAGAGUUGUUAGGAGAAUAUGGUUCUCUUCACAGCUACAAUUCCCAGAGCUCCCUGGGAAGAGGGAUUGAUUGUUAAACCACUCUGGGAAUAGGGGGUCUCCUAACAACUUUCAGCGGCCUUAACAAAUUGCAGCUCCCAGGAUUCUUUGAGAGAAGUCAUUGCCGCUUAAAGUUGUGUGAUACUGCUUCAAAGUUAUUAUGCAGAUGGGAUGUAGAUUGCAUCCCUGUUAAGAGCACAAAGGAGGCAUAUUCUUUAGAGAGGAGGAAUACCCGGAGAGGCCAUUGUCAAUGUACAAGUCUUUGGAGCAUUAUUUGGACACUGAGAUGUGGUGCAGUGGAAAGAUCCUUUAUGUUCUGAAAAAUAUACGUUUCUCUCUUUUGCAGAUCUUUGCCAGCGACUUGCCGGUGUUUGAGAAGAAACAUCCCUCAGAAAAUGGGUAUGAUUACAUGUUGUACUUUCUAAAUGCCUUGAUUUUAAAACAUUCUGCUUCUGGGGAACUCAUGGGUGCUGCAAAGGACUUUGGAGUACAGUGGUACCUCAGGUUUAAGAACUUAAUUCGUUCCGGAGGUCCGUUCUUAACCUGAAACUGUACUUAACCUGAAGCACCACUUUAGCUAAUGGGGCCUCCCGCUGCUGCCGCGCCGCUGCCGCGCAAUUUCUGUUCUCAUCCUGAAGCAAAGUUCUUAACCCGAGGUAAUAUUUCUGGGUUAGGGGAGUCUGUAACCUGAAGCGUAUGUAACCUGAAGUGUAUGUAACCUGAGGUACCACUGUAUGUUCUAAAACAAGAUUUGGGAAACUGUGUGGUCCUCUAUGAUGUUGCUAGACUCUCCUCAGCCUCAGACAGCAUGGCUAAUGGUCAGGGAUGGUGAAAGUUGUAGCCAAGCAACAGCUGAAGGGCUCCAGGUUCUGCAACCAUCUUUAAUUUACCCAGUCCUUUUACAUAUGUUUACAUAUUUUUAUUCCCCAAAGGAUUCUUAAUUCUCAACAUGUUUCAAACACCAGUCUUUCUGUUCUGACAUUUUAAAAAAUGGGCUGUUCUAACUUGCUAAGAAUUAGAGACGUACUAUCUGUGAAAACAAGGGGUAGUUAACCUGAAGCCUUCCAGAUAUUGUUGAACUACAGUGGUACCUCGGGUUACAUACGCUUCAGGUUACAGACGCUUCAGGUUACAGACUCCGCUAACCCAGAAAUAGUACCUCAGGUUAAGAACUUUGCUUCAGGAUGAGAACAGAAAUCGUGCUCCGGUGGCGCGGUGGCAGCGGGAGGCCCCAUUAGCUAAAGUGGUGCUUCAGGUUAAGAACAGUUUCAGGUUAAGAACGGACUUCCAGAACGAAUUAAGUUCUUAACCCAAGGUACCACUGUAUACUGACUCCUCUCAGAUGCAACCAGUGUGGCAAACAGCAAGGGAAGAUGGGAGUUGUAGUCCAAAAACAUGUGGAGGCCCACAGAUUAGGUACCCCUGUAUAAGAAAGAAGACAGUAUCAAUGAAUCAUAUAAUUUGUAGAGUUGGAAAUAUCAGGGAUGUUGUGAAGCCACAAACUCUUCUACAAAGCUUUUGAAGGAAAAGCCCUGCAAGAGAGUUAAACUGUGAUGAACAUGUGGGAACAUGCUGGGGCUUCUUCCAGCUAAGUUCACAUUUGAUAUUUCAAACGUAUAAAUAUUUCAAAUGAAUGAACCUGUGUUUCAUUGUCAGUCUGCCCACUCAAAUACUAGUUAACUCGGUACUGAAUUCCUCAGCCCAGCUGUUGCGAAAUUAAGGAAUGUGCACAUGACCAUUGAAAUGGUUGGGUGGGAAUGCUAUUAAACAGGAGGAAGUGAGGUCCUCAAAAGAGUUAAGCAUAUUCUCCCUGCACUAUCACAAAUUCCUCUUCAGAGAAAAGUUCCAUUCUGCCUAGAAGUGUACUCAAGUUGUAUAUUAAAGGUAAAGGGACCCCUGACCAUUAGGUAAUCAUACCACGUUUAAGAAAAUGUGCCCUUAUUCCUGGCUUAGGUCCCAUCUGCACUAUACAGUGGUAACUCGGGUUAAGAACUUAAUUCGUUCUGGAGGUCUGUUCUUAACCUGAAACUGUUCUUAACCUGAAGCACCACUUUAGCUAAUAGGGCAUCCCGCUGCUGCCGUGCCGCCGCCGUGCGAUUUCUGUUCUAUCUAUGGUGAGCAAUUUAUGCUCUGUCCCCCUUAAAAAAAGUUCAACAACUUUGGCCUGCCCCCCUAAAAAGCUCUAUAACUCUGGUGUCUCCCCACUAAAGAAAGGUCAACAACUCUUGCUGCUUGGCCCCCCCCCCCCCAAAAAAAGCUCAAGAACUCUGGCCUACCCCCCCCAAAGGGUAGAUCACUGCCAGUUUUUUUAUACUGGGAUUAGAUUGCAGUCUCUUGGGAGUUGGAUGUGCCUGUCCUAUAUAACUGGGACAUAGUUCCAGGGUGAGGUGGGGUGGGGGACAUGUUACGCAAUGGCCUAAGAAGUUUAUUGUUGGGGAAACAUUUUAACACAUUUACAAAUGAUAAAAACCAUAGAGUAAAACUUGAAGCAUGCACUAGGGGGUAAUUAUAUUUCAUCCUGAGGGUGUUUUGUUUUGUACAGGAUCAUGAGAGAGACAAGGCCAUUGUACAUCAGAUCACGAAGAGAAAUUACUGCUGGUCAGGAAAUGGGUGAAGAUGGCAUUAAGAGAAAAGGCCUUUUCCUAUGCGUUUUAUAGCGUACAUUGAUUUCUUAUAAUUAUACUGUACAACAGGCUGGCUGUUAAACAAAACAAAAAAUUAAAGAUAGGGAAUAGGAAGCCAACGUAGUAGCAGUAGGCACAAGGAAAAGUCAGGCUAAUAACCACCAAAUCCUCAGCUUAGCAUUGCCCUUUGCCUUCAUUUCAGGGAAGGGAAACGAAUAAUAUCAUCUGUAUUUACCUGUUUUUUCAGAGCUGGAAGCGAAAACUAAUGACUUGACUAUCCUGGUCCACAACCAGGGUUACGACGAUGUCACGGUUGCAGUCAGUGCCAGGCCAAUAUACAAACUGCUGGAUGGCAACGUGGUUUUCUUCUGGUUGCAAUGGCUUUGGUCCAGCAUUGCCACCACAAACGUUGGCCCGAAAGCUAAAAAGAAAGUAAAUACGGUGACCAGCUGGAAUAUGAUCACUCACCAGUUGGGAAGCUGGGGGUGGAGACUUUAUAACAUUACCGUGCGGAGGAAGGUGGAUGGAUAUGUUGCUACAUGUACAACUCCACUGGAUUGCACUUGGAUAGUUGAAGAAAGGGGAAUACACCAAGAAGGUGCUGCUGAAAGAAACUACUGCAAAUUUGAAUCACCUGCCAACAGUGAGGAUUAGCUAUUUUCCCCCAUUCUGCUAGAUGAAUUAUUCUGUGUAAUAUGGAAGCUUAGCCAAGGCUUUAACAAAAUGUUUUUAUUCACGUUUAGGUCAACAGAUCAGCAUAGUAUAACCAACAAAGAACAUCGCAACAUAUUGGGUAUCACAACCUUCUACAAGAAUAAAAGUUACCAACGUCUGUAUUGGCUCAGUUCAAUAAAUCAUUCCAUAAAUUCA